AUGUCUCCAAUUAAGAUUCAACUAACAGAAUCAAGAAAUACCAAAGCCCUCUCACUCCGCCCUUUCCCUGGGUUCCCUUCUGUCGGCCAUGCUAUAGUCAUCUUCCUGUAUUGCGCCAUCAACCUCAUCUUUUGCUUCGUUAAUCUAGAGUUUGAUAAGCCAAGCAAUUUUGCUGCUAGAUUCGGAUGGAUGUCCAUGGGUAAUAUCGCGUUGGCCGUUUUCUUUGGCUUAAAAAACACGCCACUGGCUCUGCUCAGUCCGCUCUCCUACGAUGGACUGAACCUUUUACAUCGCAUCGUCGGUUACACUGCCGUUGCUCAGAUGGUUUUCCACGGCAUAUGCUACAUGAAGUGGGAGGACAUGCAUCAAACCUGGUCCAAACUACUGGAGCCUGAGAACUGGGAAGGAAUCGCUGCGGGAUUUGCCAUGUUGGUUCUUAUGAUGGGGUGCCUUAGACGUUUUGGGUACGAGGUCUUCUACAUAAGCCACAUCAUCGGCUGCAUCCUGACACUUGUUUUCGUGGGACUUCACCGACCUUAUUGGGUAGAGAAGAUCUGUAUUGCAAGUCUAUUUGCCGCCUUCAUCUGGGUCAUCGACCGUUUGAUCAGGGCAUGGAGACUAGUGUUCAAUUUUGCUGAUAACAGAGCCACGCUUCAUGCUUUGCCAAAUGGCGGCGUGAAGCUGAUAUCGACAAAACAGCUUGCUUGGGCGGCCCCUGGCUCGCAUUGCUUCGUCUGGAUCCCGAGUAUCCGGCCAUUCGAGACGCAUCCUUUCACUAUAGUAGCCAACACAAGCUCUGGUCUUGAGCUCAUUAUGAAGUCUCACAGUGGCUUCACCAAAGCAGCUUAUGAGUAUGCGGUCUCAAAACCAGGUGCUAGUGUGCGAGUUUCUUUCGAUGGGCCAUAUGGAUCCUUUCCAGAUCUCGCGUGUUAUGAUAGAAUUGUUCUCAUUGCUGGAGGGAGCGGUGCCACUUUUACAAUGGGCUUGGCCUGCACAAUUCUAGAGUCUCUUGGACCUGAUUCGACUCAAUUUGUCGACUUUAUUUGGGCAGUGAAGACAAAAGAAAAUCUGGCUUGGUUCUCAGAGCAAUUGGAAAAUCUUAGAAGUCAUGCAUCACAUGUGUCUCUGAGCCUACACGUCACUACUGACAAUGCGCAAGCGUCAUCUGAUGAGAAUCUCAGUUCCAUCCUCAAUCCAUCACCUCAUACUACAACGACGUCUGAGAUCACAGAGAAACGCCAUUCAGAGGCUGGGUGUCCCUUCGAGACCGACGAAAAGCCAGUACCAGCCGAUAGAGAGACGCAAAGCAACAUGAGGUCAGCCAAUAUGAUGGAACUAAACAACAUGCAUGGUCUUAAGUAUGAAAAGUUGAGAGCGGAAGCGAUGAUCCAUGAGUCAAUCCAAGCAGCUGGACGUGACAGCCGUGUUUUGAUUGCAUCUUGUGGGCCCAAGUCUCUCAUGGCAGCCGUCUCGGCCGCUGCGACCCAAUAUAUGACACCAGAGGGUCCAAGCAUCGAUGUUCAUUGUGAGUCUUUUGGAUGGUAA